UCCUAGUUCGAACCUGAACCAGAGGAAACAGAAAGAUAGAAACCCAGCAGCUAUGAUGAAGCUGACGGCGGGCAAGGGAGGCCAUCAGUCUUCAGAACACGAAGCAAGGAUGGUGGCGGCGUGUUUGCCCAUCUGUGAAGACCCACCUUCCCUUUGGCAAGCGAGGCCGCUGAAUGAGCGACAGUGUUCGCUUCUCGUGGGGAACCUUCUCUCUCAGUAAAGGACAUAUUUGUAGACUGGAGUUUUGAACUUCAGGCCAUUUGAUAUGCAUUGAUGUGCACCACCUAUAAUCCUACUUCUUUUCUUUUUUGUUUUGUUAUCUUUAUUCAUGAGUUGCAACCAUCACGUAAGAGAUCAAACUUCAUUCUUGCAAUUUUGUUUACCAAAACCUUCUUGUCAUAUCUGGUUCUUUGUGUGGAUCUUGGCAUUGACAGGAAUCUUAAAAAGGAGAGGUUGGUUGGUGCCAGUUUUGCCUGUGCUAAUUUUAGUGUUUGGGAGUUAUUUAGUUGGUAUGCAACUCUGCUAGUUACAGGAGACUUGAGGAACUUACUGAGAUUACUAUAUAGAUCAUUCCCUUUGUUUACCAAAAACUUGUUAUAUUUGGUUCUUUGUGUGGAUCCUGGCAUUGAAAUGAAAUCUUAAAAAGGAGAGGUUGGUUGAUGCCAGUUUUUUCACUGGUAAUAUUAGUGUUGGGAAUUAUUUACUUGCUGUGCAGCUGUGCUAGUUGGGUGUGACUUGACGAACUUGCUUGAUUGGAACUUUGAUGAGGAGGACUUGAGAUUGAUUGUUCUUUUUUUUAUUUUUUAUUUUUUUUAUUCGGGUGAGAUUGGGGUUUGAUAUACUUAAUUGCCUCACUUUAUGGUUAGCCAUACAUAUCUUUUGUGACUUAAACACGUGUUUAUGCUCAGUUCAUAGUAUGAUAGAAUGGGUAAUGUUAUAUCUGCAUUUGGAGGCUAAUUGUCUCACUAAACCCAAUUUGUUAAAUAUGCAUAGAGUAACUAGGUUGUUGGUAAUAAGUUGGCUUGAAAUUGAAAUGAAUAUGCUAUAUUAAAGAAAGGUCACUUUGACUUCUCUUGAGAAACUGCUUCUGAUAUAUAUUAGUACUUAUAUUGGUUAUAUUGGAAGAUACAUUCCUACUUUUAUCGUUUCCCUCUUCAUAUUUUAUGUCUGGUAUAAUUAUUGAAAAUUUGCAUAACGUACAUCAUUUCUUUCUGCCUUAUAUCAUAAUAUUAGUGUAACAGUUUAACUAGUGCUUUAAGUAAUGGUGUCUAAUGCAAAAGAUAUAGAUAUCAAUUUACCUUUUUGGAUCAAAGCUAUGAAUGAUCAUCAGAUAUGUGGUUUGUUAAGAGAGAUUUAAAUGGCCUCCUUGCCUCAUUCUGCUUUGACUAUUUAGCUUCAUAAUAUUCUUACAUUUUUUUCGUUUUCCUAAUACUGUAGGCUGUGUUAAUGAGACUUAUGACAGAUGUACCAUUCGGUGUUCUUUUGUCUGGAGGAUUGGACUCAUCACUCGUUGCUGCUGUGGCUUGUCGCUAUUUGGCUAAAUCAGAAGCUGCACGUCAGUGGGGGUCACAAUUACAUACCUUUUGUGUUGGCUUGGAGGGUUCUCCAGAUUUGAAAGCAGCAAGAGAAGUUGCAGAUUAUCUUGGAACUCAUCAUCACGAGUUGCACUUUAUUGUUCGGGAAGGCAUAGAUGCACUUGAAGAAGUUAUCUACCAUAUUGAGACAUAUGUGACCACUGUCAGAGCCAGCACUCCAAUGUUUCUUAUGUCUCGUAAAAUUAAAUCUCUAGGAGUAAAAAUGGUCCUUUCUGGUGAAGGUUCGGAUGAAAUCUUUGGUGGCUACUUGUAUUUCAACAAGGCACCAAACAAGGAGAAGUUUCACCAAGAAACAUGCCAGAAGAUUAAAGGUCUUCAUCUGUAUGACUGUCUGAGGGCCAACAAAUCGGCAUCAGCUGGGGGUGUUGAGGCUCGUGUACCGUUUCUUGACAAAGAAUUUGUCAAGACUGCUAUGGACAUUGAUCCAGAAUGGAAAAUGAUCAGGCCUGAUCUUGGAAGAAUUGAGAAGUGGGUCUUACGCAAAGCAUUUGAUGAUGAUCAGAAGCCAUAUUUACCAAAGCACAUCUUGUACAGGCAGAAGGAGCAGUUUAGUGAUGGUGUCGGUUACAGCUGGAUUGAGGGGUUGAAAGAUCAUGCAAACAAACAAGUAACAGAUUCGAUGCUGAUGAACGCAAGCUUUGUCUACCCUGAAAACACUCCGACUACAAAAGAAGGAUACUACUAUAGGACUAUCUUUGAGAAAUAUUUUCCAAAGAAUGCUGCGAGAUCGACAGUUCCUGGUGGUCCAAGUGUGGCAUGCAGCACAGCAAAAGCUGUGGAGUGGGAUGCAGAAUGGUCCAAAAACCCCGAUUCAUCUGGUCGUGCUGCACUUGGUAUACAUGCAGCUGUGUAUGAGGAAUCCAAAGAUGUAAAGACUGGAAGUCUUGUGAGUGACUCUCCACAGAAACUUGUAAAAGCGGUUGCAGAGAAAGUGGCUGCAGUAGUUUGAGUGGGAUGAAAAAGGUAGUGAAUGUUAUAAAUGUUUUUCUUCUGUCGAAAUUAUGUUGACCAUGUUCUUUUGGAUCAAUGAAACAAUGUCAGAUCAGAUAUACUGUAGAUUAAUAUUUAUUCUGAUUCUAUAGCAGAUGAGACCAGAAGGCCCUGUAGGGAAUCCGUCACGACUGUUUGUUGUUUAUAUAACUAGGAAGGCCUUGCUAUUGUCUCUUAGGUGAGACCAGACUAGUCGAUGCUUAUAUUUUCAAUAUGUAAUUUUCUUUGACCAUGACAGGAUUAUCCUAUCGGUUCGACAUGUAUGCAAUUUAGAUAGGUUUCUACUUUUA